UUAAAAAAAUAUUUUGUGCUAUAUAAUCAAAAGAAGCAAUAAUUUAUUUUUAAACACCUGCCUUCAUAGCAGUGAAUCAAAUUUUGGGACACCUGCGUUUACAAACAACUAAUUUGUAAUUCUCUGAAACGAGAAAGACUGCUUGGAGAAAUAGAGCUAAAAUAAAUAUAGCCUACAUAUACCUUCUGCACUGCAGGUUAACCUCUCUCUUUUGAAAAAAAAGGAGGUAUAUCUUGUAUUUUUCCUUUUAUAUAUAUAUAUUAUUAUUAUUAUUACUAUUAUUAUUAUUUUAAUUUUAUGAUUUUUUGAAACUAUGAAGCAUUUGCAAUUUGUGCUCGUCCUGGCAAUCGCGGUCAACGUGUGGGAAUGUGGGGACGCAAAGUUCGGCGAGAGGGGAGAGAUAAGCCCCAGGAGGAGAAGAUGUUACGACGGGAGCUUGCCCAAGCGGCUGAAGAAAAGGGAGCGAAAAGUGUUGCUUGACGGCAGCAGCAGCGGAGAAGUUUGCCACAGGUUGUAUCCUCGGGUGUCCUGCUGUCCCACCAGGAGAGCCGCCUAUCAGAUCUUGCACCGCAGGGAUGCCAGGAUUUUCUCCACCAACAAUACAGAAUGUGGACGUCUCCUGGAGGAGAUCAAGUGUGCUCGCUGCUCCCCCAAUGCCCAGGUGUUGUUCCACUCCUUGGACAUGGAUAAGAUGCCACACAGGGAGCCAGACCUGCCGCGGCUCUGCCAGGACUUCUGCCGCGAGUUCUACUACACCUGCAGGGGGCACAUACCAGAACUAUUCCAAGCCGAUGUGGAUGAGUUCUGCCAAUACUAUGGGAGGAGAGAUGCCAGUUUAUGCUUUCCAGAUUUUCAACGAAAGCAACCACAUGGGCAAGAUUCCAACUACUUGGGAGAUGAGAAAAUAGAAGAUAUCAGCAGGAAACACAAACACAACUGCUACUGUGCCCAAGAGGUGUUGAGUGGUCUAAGGCAGCCGGUGGCUGUGGUGCACUGUGGUGAUGGUUCCCAGCGGCUCUUUGUCCUGGAGAGGGAGGGAAUUGUCAGGAUACUCAACCAUGACCUUGAGCUAAUCAAGGAGCCCUUCUUGGACAUCCACAAGCUGGUGCAGAGCGGCCUGAAGGGUGGAGAUGAAAGGGGCCUGCUAAGCCUGGCAUUCCACCCCAAUUACAAGAAGAAUGGCAAGCUCUACGUCUCCUACACCACCAACCAAGAGCGCUGGGCCAUCGGACCGCACGACCACAUUCUCCGUGUGGUUGAAUACACCGUUUCGAGGAAAAAUCCAAACCAGGUGGACACCAGGACAGUGCGGGUGCUAAUGGAAGUGGCAGAGCUACACAGGAAACACCUAGGGGGUCAACUUCUUUUCAGCCCUGAUGGUCUGCUGCACAUCAUUCUUGGAGAUGGCAUGAUCACUCUGGAUGAUAUGGAGGAAAUGGAUGGACUCAGUGAUUUCACAGGGUCCGUGUUAAGGGUAGAUGUGGACACAGACUGUUGUACGUCAGCCUAUUCCAUACCGCGCAACAAUCCCUACUUCAACAGCACCAACCAGCCACCUGAAAUCUUUGCCCAUGGAUUACAUGACCCAGGCAGGUGUGCAGUGGAUCGACUUCAGACAGACAAUGGCAGUCUCCUAAUCCUCUGUACAGAUGCCAGUGGCAAAAACACAUCAGCAGGAAGAAUACUGGAAAUUACUAAGGGGAAGGAUUACGAAAAUGAGCCCUCUGUCUAUGACCUGCAGUCCAGUGGAGGAGCACCACCUGUGGGGGGCUUCAUCUACAGGGGCUGCCAGUCUAGAAGACUUUAUGGCAGUUAUGUGUUUGGAGAUAAAAAUGGUAACCUGCGGAUCCUUCAGAAGUCUACAUUUUCAACAUCAGCAAGUGAUGAACAGUGGCAAGAAAAAUCUCUGUGUCUGGGCUCAGCUGGCUCCUGUGGCUCUGUGCUUGUUGGACACAUCUUGGGUUUUGGAGAGGAUGAACUGGGUGAAGUCUACAUACUGGCAAGCAGUAAAAGCAUGGCACAGUCACACAGCGGGAAACUCUACAAGCUAGUAGACCCCAAAAGGCCUCAUGCCCCUAAGGAGUGCCAGCGUCAGGUGGAGCCGCCAGAGCUGCUGAUGACAGCUUGUUCCAGACACUGUAAGAACGGACACUGCACUCCUACUGGCAAGUGCUGCUGCAGCCCCGGCUGGGAGGGACCCUUCUGCCGAGUUGCCAAAUGCGAACCAGCCUGCCGCAACGGAGGAGUGUGCAUGGAGCCUAACAAGUGCCUGUGUAAGAGCGGCUACUCUGGAGCCCAGUGUGAGAAGAGUGAGCGGGGUAUGCCCAAUGACCAGGAGAAAGACGGCAUACUGGACCACAUCAUUGACAUGACCUCGUACCUCUUAGACCUGACCAGCUACAUCGUAUAGGGGUGCGCAGAGGGGGGCUGCUCCCCACCGUCAUCCUCAAGUUGACACAAAUCUACCUAUCACCACCAGCAGACCCUAACGAGGUGUCCUUAAUAUGGCCUCUUCAUCUCCCUCACACCCACACAGGCAUGCAAACACACACACACUCACACACACACUCACACAUACACACACAGACACACUUUCAAAUACACACAGGAUCCCCGUCAGACUGCUUUUGAUCCACAUCACCAUACCAAACUCUUCUUCUUCUCACCUAUAAGCUACUUGCUCUUGAGCACCAGGCCUGGCAUCCAAGCCGUGUUCACAUUUCAAAGAGACCUGCAGACAGCAGUGAGUUGAUUGACAAGCAUGGCCAAGUUAUGGAAGUUCCACUAAGACAUUUCCUCUCCUGUUCAGAAAAUGCCCGCGCACGGCUUGCUCCACAGGAACAGGAACUCCACAGGAACGGACUAUUUAAAUCCAGGACUUUGGAUGUAUUCAGGGGCUAUCUGUUGCCUUACUAAACCACCCCACCCCCCCAAAAAAAAUGGAGUUUGAGGCAUUUCAGCGGAGAUAGUUGGUUGUUCAGGAGUUCAUUAAGGAUUCAGAAUUGAAAUUGCGUGGCUCAAGAUCCAAUUUGUGCUCAUGGUCCAUUAAAAACACGGCAAAGUAAAUGUCUUUACACACAGACUCUGAAGGAACACGAGUCACAUAGAGCCUGCAGUGUUUUGUGCUGUACUAUUCUAGAGGCACUAAUACAAGAACAACCAUGUCGUCUCAUUUAUGAUGUUGUAUUUAGUUUGUGGGCACAUUGUCAUAAAAAGCGAUAACAGUAUACAGUAUGUAUAGUUUGUUUUGCAACACUCGCUUGCUGUCAGUGUACAGAACGGAUCUACAACAGAGGACUGUUAAACAGGAGGAGCAGCACCUGAGUGACAACAUUGUAUUUCAUCACAGCCAGUUUCAUGCAAUCUGAAUGGAGUUUUUGAACUGAGUUUUCCCAUGCACUGUAUUCAUUUUUUGUUUCCUUCACGUUAUUAUUCACAACGAGUUUAGACAUUUGUUAAAAGCGCAAUGAGAGAAGUUUCACACUCACACAGACACGACACAAUCACAGGUAUGGUUUGGCAAACUCCUUUCAUUGCGUCACACACUGAAACCCGAAUUCAAACCU